AAGGAAAAUUGCAGUAAUUUGAUUGGUUAAUCCAUCUUGCAAAUGGACGGCAUGCGUUGUUGUAUGUUGUAGUUAGAACUGGCAGUUUCUCAUUUUUGUACAGUCAAAGCCAGAAUGCCACCUCCACGAAAAUCAUCUCCUCGUCGUAGAGAAAGAAGAUCUAGAUCAAGGUCAAGGUCACAUUCACCGAGACAUAGAAGAAGAUCAAGGUCACACUCAAGGUCACCUAGAGACAGAAGACGGUCAAGGUCGCCACAGAGAAGACGGUCCCCUGAAAGAAAACAUAGAUCUCCUCCAAGACGAAGAUCACCAUCACCUAGGAGACGAUCUAGAUCACCGAAAAGGAGGUCAAGGUCACACAGUCCUAGAAGAAGGUCAAGAUCGAAAAGUCCAAGAAGAAAAGCUCCAUCACCGAGGAGACGAUCACCUUCACCAGAUGACAGAAACCAUCCUGUAAAAAGACCUGCAGAUUCCUCAGUGAAGAGACAAAGUUACAGAUCAAGGUCACCUAGUCCAAAAAGAUCAAGAGAUGAAAGAUUGUACCAGGAUGAAAGCCCAUAUGAGCAGCAGCGAUCUACAAAACAUUCAAGAUCUCCCGUUCAUGAGUCGCCUUAUGGCGGGAAAAUGUAUGCUGAUCAGUCAUCAUCCUCUAAACAACCGUUAUUUCCUGCAGGAUCGUCUAAACGAACUCCUGAAAUUGACUUUGUCACUAUAGUGGAGAAAGGGCCAAAGAAGCAAAAACUGAAUAAACGGUUUGAAACACUUGAGCAGGUUGCACAGGGUGCGUUUGACUUUGAGGAGAAUAUUACAAUCGGAAUUCAUAGGGGUCCGCAGCAUAUCGAACUGGACGAUGAUGAAGAUGUUGAAGUGAAUUAUGAAUUUAAUCCAAAAACUUUCAAAAUGCUUUUUCCUAAAAAGAAUUAUGUUAAAGCCAUCUUUGAUCGUGAUGAAAUCAAGGCAUUUCACCAUGAUGAUAUUUUAGAUGAGGAGGCGUAUGUUGAGAAACGAACAAUUUCAAUCAAACCAGUAGAUAAACCAAAGUCCCGUAAACAUGACGAUGAGUUGGAUUACAGGAUAACUGUAGGAGCAGGUAGAGAGGGAUAUGGUGACAGGCGUAUGGUGCAUGACUCUGGUUCCAGGUCAAGACCUUCAAGAUCAAGUGGAUAUGAUGAUAUUCCUGUAACAGUGAGGCUGGAUCCCAAGCCAGAUCCAAGAUAUGAAAAGAUAUACAGAGAUCAGCAGAGAUAUGAGGACCAGUCACUGAUGCAGGAAAAGGUACACAGAAAUCCUAAUGACUUAAGGUAUAACCUUAUGAGACGUAAAAGUGAAGGGGACAGUGAUCGAAGGAGAGAUGCCAGAGAUAGCCAUGGAGGACCAUCUGGAAUGAUGGAUGCAAGGACUCGGAUUGAGGCACGGAGACAAGAGGGUCACAGGGAUGAUUACCCUGACCGAAGGGAUAGACCUGGGGACCGUAGGGCUUCUCGUGGGACACCUCCAAGAAGUAUAGAGCGAAAAAAAGCACCCAUAAAGACGGACUUGCCAGAUUUCAAGAACAGACCAGAGAAGUUCAAACCACCAGAACCAGAAUGGAAAGUCAACCCAACAGUCACACCGAAAGGACAGAGUUACUAUGAGCAUGACAGCCGAUCAAGAGAUGAUAUGACAUUUUGGGAAAGGAAGCAGAUGUUUAUGAAGACAGGACGCUACCCUUCAGUGAGAGGGUUCAGGGGGAGGGGCGGCUUCCGAGGAAGGGGCAGAGGUGCCAGGACUUUUGAUCAAGGCUUUUUGAAAAAAACGUUUGGUGCAGCGAUGGACGAAUGGAAACAUGACAAGUUUGAUGAAGUAGAAGCAGAGGAGAAAAGCUCUCCAUCUAAAGAUAACAAAAAAGAUAAGAAAAGUGAUAGACAAGACUCAAAAGAUGAUAGAAAUAGCAGAAAGGACAAGAGUUCAAGCAGCAGAAAAGAGAGUUCAAGUAGCAGAAAGGAGAAAGAAAGUAGCAGAAAGGAGAAAGAGUCAAGUAGCAAAAAAGAGAAAGAGAUUGAUAAAGAAAAAGAACGUUUAGCUAUUAGAAAAGAAGAGGAAUCUUUGGAGCAAGAGCUGAAAGUAGAAGUAACAAUUGGUUAACAAGAAUUAAAGAUAGCGGUUACCACUGCUUAGCCAGAAUUUAAGAUAGCGGUAACCAUUCUUAACAAGAAUUAAAGAUAGUGGCAAUCACUGGUUAACCAGAAUUAAAGGAAGCAAUUGGUAAACAUAUAAAGUAGAUGUAUCCACUAGUUAACAAGAGGUAAAGAAUAUAAAGCAUGGGUUAAAAGAUAAAAUGAUGUAAAGAUGAAUGCAAAACAGCAGUUGAUGUACUUGAAGAUUUCUGAUAAGUAUUUCAAUUUAUUAUUGUUUUUAGUCACUUAUUCAGUGCUUUUUAUACGUUUAAGGAAGAUGGAUGAAACUUAAGUUUACCAUUUGUAAUGUUAAAUACUUUUAAAUGCUUAUACAUCUUUAAAACACAAGAUACUGUCCUCAGUAAUUUACACUUGGUGAUUGGCUUUCCAGUCAAUAGUAAAAGCUGUUUGCAAGUGGUCUGAAGGACUGAGGGUUAAUAGUGUUGAUUAUGCACUGGAAAACUAUUCAAUAAGUGUUUUAUUACAUGACAUCAUUUUCAAUGUUUUUCUCCCUCUGUUUUGUUUUUAAGAAGACCUUAAUUUAACUGUUUGAUCAGUCAGUGGCAUAAACUGUUGACUGGCAUCUUGUGUAAGGAGUCCUGUAAAAAUAAGAUGACAUGCUUGUAUUGAACAGUAGUUUGUGAUGAGCAGCAGAAUUUUCAAGAAAUAAAAGAUUGUUUAAUUUUAAUUUGCUUAACAGAAAAAAACAUUUUAAUUACAGAAUAUUUUAUUGAUGUUCUUUAACUGUCAAUUCAUGAUAAACAUAAGCAUUUUCCAUACAUUAGGCCUCUUGGCUUUCUUGGCAACACAUCAAUUUUUUCCAGUUCAGAAAUAAGAAUUAUGGUGUUUUGUUCAGAGUUGCUAUAUGUAUAUGUGGAUGGUCUGGCUUCAAUCAUCCUGUGUCCUGCGUUAUAUCGUUGAAACUACAGGCUGGAAUUACACUAAACUUGGUCAGUUGCAUCCUGGCAUUGGCCUCUUAUCAAGUUUGUUCCAGUUGUUCACCUUGGCCCUUUAAAGGGACUGCCAAACUUAAGAUAGAAAAACCUUUAAACAACUUCUCAUGAACCGGGUGAUGGAUCUUCAUAAAACUUGGUCUGGAGCAUAAUUAUAAGGUCCUCUCUCAAAUAUUUUCAAAUGGCAGUAGUCGGGGCCCCUUUUAGGGGCUGCUACAGCUAAAAUUAGAAAUACCUUUAAUUUCCUCUCAUGAACUGCUCAAUGGAUCAUCAUCAAACUUGGUCUUUAGCAUCAUUACAAGUCCUCUCUCAAUUUUGUUCACAUGGGGACAGUCUGGCUCUUUUACAUGCUACUAGGGCUAAAAAUGACAAUACCUUAUAACAACUUUUUGUCAUGAACCUUUCAAUGGAUCUUCAUCAAACUUGGUCUGCAGCAUCAUAAAAUUCUCUCCCAUUUUUAGCUCACCUGAGCCAAAGGCUCGUGGUGAGCAGCUUUUGUGACCUUACAAUGUCCGUCGAGUGUCGUCCGUCCGUCAACAUUUUCUAAAAAAAUAUUCUAGACAACUGCUAUGCAGAAUUACACCAAACUUCACAGGAAUGAUCCUUGGGUGGCCCCCUUUCAAAAUUGUUCAAAAAAUUGAAUUCCAUGCAGAACUCUGGUUGCCAUGGCAACCGAAAGGAAAAACUUUAAAUAUCUUCUUGUCCAAAACCUUAAGGCUUAGAGCCUUGAUAUUUGGCAUGUUGCAUCAUCUUAUGGUUCUCUAUCAAGAUGGUUCAAAUUGUGCCCCUGGGGUGAAAAGAGGCCCUGCCACAGGGGUCACAAGUUUUACAUAGACUUAUAUAGGAAAUUUUUUUUAAAAUCUUCUUGCCUAAACCACAGGACCUAGGCCUUUGAUAUUUUGUAUGUAACAUUGCCUUGUGGUCCUCUACCAAGAUUGUUUAAAUUAUGCCCCUUGGGUUAAAAGAGGCCCUGCCCCGGGGUCUCAAGUUGUACAUAGACUUAUAUAGGAAAAAACUUUAAAAAUCUUCUAGUCUGAAACUGCAAGGCCUUUGCUUUUGAUAUUUAGUAUGUUGCCUUUCCUAGAGUUUCUCUACCAAAAUUGUUCAAAUUAUGUCCCUGGGGUGAAAAGAGGCCCCACCAUUGGGGUACCAAGUUUAACAUAGACUUAUAUAGUGAAAAAAAUGAAGAUCUUCUUGUCUGAAAGUUCAAGGCCUAGGCCUUCGAUAUUUAGUAUGUAGCAUUGCCUAGUGGAUCUCUUACAAGAUUGGUAAAAUUAUGCCUCAGGGGUGAAAAGAGGCCUUGCCCUGUGGGUCAAUUGCUAUAUCAGUUAUAUAGGAAAAAUACUUUAAAAAUUAUCAGAUCAUAUUUCCUGGACUGUUUAAUUAUGUCUCCCCUAGGAGACAUAUUGUUUUUGCCCUGUCCGUCCGUCUGUCCUUCCGUCCGUACGUCACACUUCAUUUCCGAGCAAUAACUGGAGAACCAUUUGACCUAGAACCUUCAUACUUCAUAGGGUUGUAGGGCUGCUGGAGUAGACGACCCCUAUUGUUUUUGGGGUCACUCCGUCAAAGGUCAAGGUCACAGGGGCCUGAUCAUUGAAAACCAUUUCCGAUCAAUAACUAGAGAACCACUUGACCCAGAAUGUUGAAACUUAACAGGAUGAUUGGUCAUGAAGAGUAGAUGUCCCGUAUUGAUUUUGGGGUCACUCCGUCAAAGGUCAAGGUCACAGGGGCCUGAACAUUGAAAACCAUUUCCGAUCAAUAACUAGAGAACCACUUGACCCAGAAUGUUGAAACUUCAUAGGAUGAUUGGUCAUGAAGAGUAGAUGUCCCCUAUUGAUUUUGGGGUCACCCUGUCAAAGGUCAAUGUCACAGUGGCCUGAACAUUGAAAACCAUUUCCGAUCAAUAACUAGAGAACCACUUGACCCAGAAUGUUGAAACUUCAUAGGAUGAUUGGUCAUGAAGAGUAGAUGACCCCUAUUGAUUUUGGGGUCACUCCGUCAAAGGUCAAGGUCACAGGGGCCUGAAUAUUGAAAACAAUUUCUGAUCAAUAACUAGAGAACUACUGGACCCAGAAUAUUGAAACUUCAUAGGAUGAUUGGUCAUGCAGAGUAGAUGACCCCUAUUGAUUUUGGGGUCAAAGGUCAAUGUCACAGUGGCCUGAACAUUGAAAACCAUUUCCGAUCAAUAACUAGAGAACCACUUGACCCAGAAUGUUGAAACUUCAUAGGAUGAUUGGUCAUGAAGAGUAGAUGACCCCUAUUGAUUUUGGGGUCACUCCAUCAAAGGUCAAGGUCACAGGGGCCUGAAUAUUGAAAACCAUUUCUGAUCAGUAACUAGAGAACCACUUGACCCAGAAUAUUGAAACUUCAUAGGAUGAUUGGUCAUGAAGAGUAGAUGACCCCUAUUGAUUUUGGGGUCACUCCGUCAAAGGUCAAGGUCACAGGGGCCUGAACAUUGAAAACCAUUUCUGGUCAGUAACUUGAGAACCACUUGACCCAGAAUGAUGAAACUUCAUAGGAUGCUUGGUCAUGCAGAGUAGAUGACCCCUAACCAUUUUAGGGUCACUCUGUUAAAGGUCAAGGCCACAGGGGCCUGAACAUGGAAAACCAUUUCCAAUCAAUAACUUGAGAACCUCUCGACCCAGAAUGUUGAAACUUCAUAGGAUGAUUGUUCAUGCAGAGUAAAUGACCCCUAUUGUUUUUGGGGUCAGUCUAUUAAAGGUCAAGGCCACAGUGGCCUGUUCAUGUAAAAUCAUUUUUAGCUCAUCUGAUUUUUUGAAAAAAAAAAAAAUGAUGAUUUAUUGUCAUCACUUGAGCGGGUGUCGGCGUCUGCGUCUGUGUCGGCGUCCGCAUUGCCUGGUUAAGUUUUAUGUUUAGGUCAGCUUUUCUCCUAAACUAUCAAAGCUAUUGCUUUGAAACUUGGAAUACUUGUUCACCAUCAUAAGCUGACCCUGUAUAGCAAGAAACAUAACUCCAUCUUGCUUUUUGCAAGAUUUAUGGCCCCUUUUGUACUUAGAAAAUAUCAGAUUUCUUGGUUAAGUUUUAUGUUUAGGUCAACUUUUCUCCUAAACUAUCAAAGCUAUUGCUUUGAAACUUGGAAUACUUGUUCACCAUCAUAAGCAGACCCUGUACAUCAAGAAACAUAACUCCAUCUUGCUUUUUGCAAUAUUUAUUGCCCCUUUUGGACUUAGAAAAUCAGUUUUCUUGGUUAAGUUUUAUGUUUAGGUCAGCUUUUAUCCUAAACUAUCAAAGCUAUUGCUUUAAAACUUGCAACACUUGUUCACCAUCAUAAGUUGACCCUGUACAGCAAGAAACAUAACUCCAUCCUGCUUUUUGCAAGAUUUAUGGCCCCUUUUGGACUUAGAAAAUAUCAGAUUUCUUGGUUAAGUUUUAUGUUUAGGUCAACUUUUUCUCUUAAACUAUCAAAGCUAUUGCUUUGAAACUUGCAACACUUGUUGACCAUCAUAAGCUGACCCUGUACAGCAAGCAACAUAACUCCAUCCUGCUUUUUGCAAUAAUUAUUGCCCCUUUUGGACUUAGAAAAUCAUUUUCUUGGUUGAGUAUUAUGUUUAAGUAAACUUUUCUCAUAAACUAUCAAAGCUAUUGCUUUAAAACUUGCAACAGUUUUUCCCCAUCAUAAGUGGACACUGAACAUCAAGAAACAUAACUCUAUCCUGCUUUUUGCAAGAAUGAUGGCCCUUUUUAGACUUAGAAAAUCAUGGGUAGGACAAUAUUUCUAUUACACAAAAAGAAUCAGAUGAGCGUCAGCACCCGCAGGGCGGUGCUGUUGUUUGGAAAUAACUUGAGAACCACUUGACCUACAAUGUUGAAACUUAAUAGGAUGAUUGGACAUGCAGAGUAGAUGACCCCUAUUUAUUUUGAGGUCAUCUGAUCAAAGGUCAAGGUCACAGGAGCCUGAACAGUGACUUGAGAACCACUAGGCCAAGAGUGUUGAAAUUUAGCGGGAUGACUGGACAUGCCAAGUAGAUGAUCCCUAUUGCAGCCAACCAUCAGUGUCUCUUUGACUUUCGCUUCUGACCCCUAUUGACUUCUUGCCUAUAGGACUUUGCAUUGGGGGAGACAUGCGCAUUUUUACAAAUGCAUUUUCUAGUUAUAAUUACUUGAUGACUCAAGCGAUUAGGGAUAAUUUGACUGUGACCUUGACCUACUGACCUACUUCAUGGUUUUUUAAGAUACAGCCUUGAAAUUUGGAUGACAUGUACAGUUUAGCACACUGAUCUUAAAAUCUGACUUUCAGUGACCAUGAAUGUGACAUACUGACCUACUUUCUUGUUUUUCAAGAUUCAGCCUUAAAAUUUUUAUGACAUGUACAGUUUAGCACACCAAUCUUAAAACUGACUCAGUGACCAUGAAGAUGACCUACUGACCUACUUUCUUUUGUUUUAAGAUACAGCCUUAAAAUUUGGAUGACAUGUACAGUUUUGCACGCUGAUCUGAAAACUGACUUUCAGUUACCAUAAAUUUGACCUACUGACCUACUUUCUUAAUAUUUCAGCAUCGGUUUGACAUUUGAAGCAUGUAUCUCAUAUUACUCAGGUGAGAGAUCCAGGGUCAUCAUGACCCUCUUGUUUUUAAUUGGGGCACUUGGCCCCCUUAAGGGGCUGCUAGAGCUAAAAAUAGAAAAUGCCUUUAAAUUACUUCUUAUCAUGAACUUCUUGAUGGAUCAUCAUCAAACUUGGUUGUAGCAUCGUUGUAAGGCACUCUCCCAGAACUAUUCAGUGGUGGUAUUUUGCCCUUUUAGAUUUUAAAACAGAAGAAAAAGCCUUUAAAUGACUUCCUCUAAUGAACUGUUGGCUGAAUGUUCAUUAGACUUGGCCUUAGCAUCAUUUUAAGGUCCCUUUCCCAAGUGUGUUCAAAUGGGGGCACAUGGCCUUGUUAGGAGGCCCUUAAAGCUAAAAACAGAAAAACUUUUAAAUGACUUCUUCUCAUGAACCGCUUGAUGGAUCUUCAUCAAACUUGUGUCUGUUGUAUUAUUGCAAUGGUUCUGCUUGAUCCUUUUUUAGGGGAUACCAGAGCUGAAAUUAGAAAAAAAAAUAAACGACUUUAUAUCAUGAUGUUUGUUCUGAUGGUUAUGCAGCAAAAUAUAGGGGGGAAAAAGCUUAAAAUAAUUUGUUUUGAAUGAACUGUUGAAAUAAUUUUCACCAAACUAUAUAUAAGCAAGAUCAGAUGAGCAACUUGGGCCCAUUUUGGCCUCUUGUUGGAACCAGUUUAUUUCUUGUAAAAACAGAAAUUAGGUUACUUAUCAUAUGUCUUGUCACUAUAAAACAUCAACACUAGUGUUUUAGGUUACAGUUAAACUCUUGGUAACCUUACUGAGCAUUUUACCUGAUAAAUUUUGUUUUAUAAUGACCAUUUUUCCCUGUUAUUUUUUAUCUUCAUUAUGCAUGUCUUUAUAGUGCCGCUAAAUGGCACUUAGGACAUUUUAUUCAGGUGUUGGUCACAGCUUAAGGUUGAUAAUAAUGUGUAGUAGUUUUUAUGCUAUUUCUUGGCCUGUAAUUUUAGCAUAGAAAUUCUUAGGUAUAAAGCUCAGGUUUUAAACAAAUCUUAAGAAUCUAAUUGGUUAUUUUUUUAGCAUAAUCCCUAAAAUUGACCAGUGAUAAGGCUUUUGUUAUCUGAUUUUUAGCACAAUCCCUAAAAUUGUCCAGUGACGAAGGUUCUGCUGCAUAAAUUAAGGUUUUCACAGAUUUGAAUGGUAACUUACUUGUUUCAAGUUUUCAGUGUUAAAUCAUAACAAAGCCAAAUGAAAGGUUGGAAUUUCAUUCUUGUAAAUGUACAUGAACAGAUAGUAAAGUUUAAUACAUGAUACUAAAUAACUGCUAAAGUUGACAAAAAUUUUAAUCAAUUUGUUCAUUUCAUAUAAAUCUGCAUGACAUUGUAUGUAUAUACUUCAGGUUUAGGUUUGAAUUAAGAAAAUAACAAUAUUUCUGUUGAUCUUUGUAAGUUUUGCUGAUAGUAGAAGUUUGUACAGACAUUAAAAAUUUGAAAUGUAUGCUUGUUUGAAUGUUUGAAAUAUAGGUUAUACAAAUGCAGAACUAUCAUAUAUAUCUAGCAACACGUGUGGAGUCACGCUUUGUCAUUUUUUAGGAUGAAAACCUACACUUUAAAGAAGGUCAACAGAACUACAUAAUAAUAAUAAUAAAAAAAUUAUCUUACCUUAUUGAUGGCAAAAUGAACCUACAAUAAUCUAACAGUAUUAAAAUGAUGAUGAUACCAAAUGAAUAGGCACGUUUUAUUACAGAUUUUUUUUUUUUGUGACUGAAUUAUCGAAAUAAUGAACUAGAAAAAAUAUCAAAUAUAAGUUUCACUGAUCAAACUAUGAAAUGGUUAAAUUUAGUCGAAAGAUGAAAUAAAACGAAAGUUUGUUUGUUUUACAUGCAAGAUCAAAAUAUCUUUCACUUAUGAACACCAUAUUUUUGCUUUGACACUUGUGAAAAUAUUGCAUCUGGUGUUCAGGCGUGAAAGAUAUUUCAGUCUUACACUGAAACAAACAAAUAUCCUCUAUUUAUUACUGAGAGCCCCCCGUCUUAGCUCAGUAGGUAGAGCGUUAGUCUACGGAUCGCGGGGUCGUGAGUUCGAUCCUCGGGCGGGGCUUAUGUUCUCCGUGACUAUUUGAUAAACGACAUUGUGUCUGAAAUCAUUAGUCUUCCACCUCUGAUUCAUGUGGGGAAGUUGGCAGUUUCUUGUGGAGAAUAGGUUUGUACUGGUACAGAAUCCAGGAACACUGGUUAGGAAAACUGCCCGCCAUUAUAUGACUGAAAUAUUGUUGAAAAACGGCGUUAAACCCAAAACAAACAAACUAUUUAUUACUGAUCCAUUUAUUUUCUUCAUUGUAUAACCUAUACAUACUGUGUAAAAACAAUACGGCUUUUAUUUAACAAUUAGAUACUGAGUGACUAAAGGCUAAAUCCAUAUUGCUUUUGGUGGUAGUCUAAUCAUACAUGGCUUGCACUAAUUUGUUUGAUAUUCAGGACCCGAAAGAUAAAUAGUUCUGUAUUUCAGAAGAAUAUACAGUCCAUUUUGGCUACAAUAAAAAGAUGUACAAUAAAAGGGUCAUUUUAACAUUAGCAUUAUUGGAAUGUAUUCAGCUCUCGUGGAUUUUACAAGGUUGGAUCAUACCCCUACCCUUGGUGAUCCAGGCCUAACAAAACUUGCGUGUGCAGAAUACACCCCAAAUAAAAUCAUUAUUAUAGUAAUACAAUUACAUUCAGUGUGAAACUAUCAAUUCUGAAGACUUUAAACAUGACAUUAUUGUAUUAUUGUUUCUGCUGAAGUGAAGUUCCAUACUUUAAUAUCUAAAACAAUGGGGAAAUUAAUCUAAAGGAAAAAUUAAAGUUUUGAAAAAUGCUUUAUUUUUAUCUGUUAUUUAUCAGGAAGACAGUUAAGACUUCUAUUGCCUUAGAGUUUGACAGCAAUAUAAAAUGUAUUUACAGUUAAUAUACAUACUGUGUCAAUUAUAAUACUUUUCUGUCAUUUUAAACAGACUUUUUUCUGCGUUAAUAUUCCCAUAUAGAUCUACCAUAUUUUUGAUAACAUGUUCUACAUUUCUUCUUAUAAUUAUUGUUAUGGAAAACUGAUAGAUGACCAAGCAAUCAGUUUUCUUCUCAUUUGCAAAAAUGAAGUUCGGAGUACAGGAGUAUGAACUUUAGUUCCAGACUGAUUUAUCAGAGAUGUGAAUCUUUUUUAUGUCUAAAAUAAUGACUCCUUGUUUUAAAGGAGUGUUUACCUGUCAACAGAGGAUAUGAAAUUAUGAAAGAAAUACUUUUUUCUCUCUACAAAUUUAUCACAAGAUCAGAUGCAUGUAUUUGAACUUACGUUUUCAAGUUACCCAACAAUUUCACAUACUUGUUUUUGAUAUCUACAUUGAAAGGGACAUGCCUCCAAAUGAACAUUAUAAUUAUUUAAAAUGCUGAAAAACAGGUAACAAUGUAUUUUAUAUUAAAGGUCCAUAAUGUUUUAAAUUUUUAUCAGAAAAACAGAUGAAACAGCUUUCCAAAUAGAUGUUAUGCAUAUUUACAUGGUUAGAAAAGCACUGCUUUUAAUAUUGCACAUGAACUUUUAUAGUUAGAGCCUUAAAGGGAGGUAAUAAAAAACUAUAGAAUCAAUAAAACAUUAUAGUAUAUUCAGCAAUAUUCUAAUGUGCUUGUCUGUUCAAACACUCUUAUGUUAGAAUGACGUCACGUUAACAUGCGGUGACGUCAAAAGUUUUUGUUGCGAUCAAGAAAGACUGCUUCUAUAUUUUAUCUACUGUUUUAGAUUAAGGGCAUAUUAGAAUCGAAAUAAUUUAUAGCAGAACGGUGUUUUAACACUAUUUAUACACUCGGGCGGUAAUACAUCGUACAAAUAAUUUCUACAAUCGGGCUGCGCCCUCGUGAAAUUACUAUGCCCGACAUAUAACUGCCCAUCGUGCAUUAAUAAUGUUAAAACACGCUUUUGCUAUAAAUCAUUCCUUAAUUCAAACCUUCAACAUAUGAUAAUGAAAGUAAUUAUCAGCAAUAGGAUUUAACAAGAAAUUAAUGUAUUUUAUAUUCGUAACGGAAAGUGUGGCUGCCACAAUUUAUACAGGCAUUAUGAGCCUUCAAGGACCAUUACACAAUGUUAUUCAUAUGUUGGGUGUAUAAAAUAAAGUAAGCUAUAUUCCUUCUACUUACUUUAGAGAAGUUUUGUACAUAAUAAAGACUUCAUGAGACUUUUAAAAAAUUCAUACAUGCCAGAAGACACUGAGUCACUAGAGUUGUACUUUGUUUUUUGGCCGGGUUUUCAAAGAAAAAUCCGGCUAGUAGAUUAUCAGUAUGGCUUUCAGGGCGGAUGGAUGGGAUAAUGAGUCUCAUGUUAAACUUAUUGUUCAUUCAUUUUUCUCAAAAACUACUUAUCCAAACUUUAAGAAACUUAGUCAGAAAGAUCCCCAAUUACCCUAGCUGGUCCAAAGUAAGAAUGGGGUCACUGGGUCAAAGGUCAAGGUUACUGGGACCUGAACAUUGAAAAUGGUUUCUGCUUAAUAUCUGGACAAGUAUUUCACCUAGGACCUUGAAACUUCAUACAUAUGUUGGUCGUGAUGUGUACUUGACCCCUAUUGAUUUCGAGUUCAAAGGUCAAGGUCAAAGUUUUUUAUUUCUUUAAUUUCAUUUUCUCAUUUUUCUCAGGUCUUGAUGUGUACAUGACCCCUAUUGAUUUCGAGGUCAAGGUUACAGUUUUUUAUUUCUUUAAUUUCAUUUUCCGCCUUUCCAUUUCUUUUUUUUUCCCCUUCUUCCUUCAUUAGUGCUUAUUAAUUUGGGGGUUAUUUAUUGUAUGACUUUAUUAGAACUUUAACUCAUUAUCACCUUAUUUGGAAAACCCAGUCAAAAUGCCGUCAGGCAUUAUCUGCUUGUAUUGAUAAUAAUGAAGGUUAUUUGUAAUUUUCUAAAGAAAAAGUACUGACAUAAAUUUGGAAGCUACCUUGUUUUACUUGAAAAUAAUGAAGGUAAUUUAUAACUUUUACAAGGAAAAACAUAGACAUAAAUCUGGGAGCAUUCCCUUCUUAAUGAUAAUUUUCAGAACCUCUGGUAAGUAAAUGAUACAUGUAAUAGGUGUAAAUGAUCAUGUUGCUAUCAUUAUUCUACAAUUGGAUUGUGAAUGUAGUUCAUUUGUAAUUCAUAAAAUCAACUUAAUAAAAGUGAUUCAACAUA